CUUCACUCCACGAUACAUAGCUGCUCUCACUUGCAACCUUUUCUCGGUUGAUCUGCCUCGAGUUUUAUAGGACCACCAUCCUUGGAUUUACCAAUGUUUUUCAUAUUUACUUGGAAAGCAGACAGGACUACAGGCUUUUAACCAAUUUUAGCAUGUGGCAGCCUGGAGAGGGUUUUCUGAAAAGGCACCCCAUCCUCUUGCACACAGAAAACCCAUUGCUGAAGAUCGUUCAAAAGAGUUACCUCCUCCUUCCACACAACACAGUCCCUCCCCAUCUGGCAUCCCUUUCACUAUCUUCUGAGUCUCAACAAGAGCAGAGUGUGGCAAGCAAACAUGCUGCUGCUGGCAGUGCUUGUUGCCACAGCCACUUGGUCUUAUGGAUUUGCACAGGAAAUUCCCAUGCAGAGUCCUAUAUCCAUCACCAAGUUCCAAAAAAGUGCACGAAUGACAUGUGAAAUUCAAACGUUAGGGGCAAAUUUUGAUGGUGCCGUCAUACACUGGUAUCUGCAGAAGGAGGGUGAAGCUCCAAAGAGGCUCUUGUUCCUUUCAGGAGGAAAAGCUACCGUUGAAACUGGCUUUCAAGCAAGCAGAUACAUGGUUGAAAGAAUUUCUGGUCAGCGACGGUGUGUUCUUACAAUAAAAGAUGUAAUUCCAACUGAUGCUGCUACUUACUACUGUGCCUACUGGGAUCCUCACUACUUUAUUCACUGUGAUUGGUUAUUACACAAGGUCUUUGGCUCAGGUACAAAACUCAUUGUGUCAGACAAAGGAGGCUCUCCACCAGCAAACUCGGAAAUCCUGCAGAAAAAACAUGAAAAUCAGAUAAUGUGUUGUCUUAUUGAGAAAUUCUACCCAGAAGUUAUUCGAGUGACAUACGAUGAAGAAAAGGAGAUAACAGAAAACGUAGUAAAAGGUGAUGCUUGGCAACCCACAGAAGAGGAUGAAUACUCAAUUGCCACCUGGUUAACUGUACCAGCAGACAACAAAGACAAGAAAUAUUACUGCAAAUAUGAGCAUGAAAGCCAAAAAGAAUUCACUGCCAUCACAAGUAAAUUCUACGAAGAAUGCUCCUCAGAAGGGGACUGCAGCGCAAUUUUAAUAGAGAUGUUGAUGAUUACAGAUGUUACGCUUCCAGAUCACUUAAUGCACAGACAGCAUAUUUAGUGUACAUCAUACCUUCUUCUGAAGAGCAACAUGUACUAUCUUAUCAUACUCUUCUUCAUCUACAGAAUGCGAACUCCAACCAAGCACCAAGGAAAGAAGGUGUAAAUGCUUGUUUAAGAAAAGGUUACAAUUUGAUCGUGGAUUUACUUUGCUUACCUAUAUAGGACUCCCCUGCUCUGUAUUAGAUGUAUGGCAAAAAAAAAAAUCCCAAAAUAAUUUUCUGGCAUUACUGCAUAGGGCUCAUUCACUUUAAUUGCUAGUGUUUUUAUAUCAGUCUGGUUUUCCUAAUUUUUUUAAUAUCAAACAAGGAUAAGGCAAUAGCACUAAUGGAUUUUAAUCCAAAGUCCAUAUUGCAAAAUGGAAGAAGGUACUCAGAUUGGAAGUAGUUAUGCAGGCAGAAGAGUAGGGAUGCAAUGGUACUUUUGAUAAAUAAAGGCACAGAUGGGUUUUGUCAUUGCACUUAAGGCUUAUUAGGAGCAUUCCCGUGCAGUAGAUUCACAGAUAUUUUUCCUUUUUUUUUUCAAUGAUUUCUUGCCACUCUCAUUUAUCCAACAAAUGAGGACUUCAUAUUCUGAAGUGAUGAGUGCUUUAAAAGACAAUUAAACAUAAUUUUUAAAAGUGAACAUAGGAAGUUUUGAAUGAAGAGAGUCAGAUGAGAGUAAAAGCAAUUAUAAGGUGCGUGCAUACAGAAAUGAAGAAAUCCACCAGCACUGUGACACAGUCUGAAAAUCUGCACAUUUUGUUUUUUAAAGAGAGAAACCAAUCGUAAUUAUCAUAUACAUCACCUCCUUUAAAGACACCUUUUUAAAUUGAGCAAAACCUCAAAUCUGACGGCUUUGAUAGAGAAAGUAUUUUCCCAAAAGAUAGAAAUUCUCAGAUGUUGGACUUUGAACUCUUAAUCUCUAGUUCCACAAAUCGGUUUCCUUUCAAGUUUAUGCAGAAAAAUAGGAAUUAGGACACACCGGGAUAAGCACUUGCUCAGUUUUUUGUCAUACGUUUGUAGAUAAGUGCUUACAGCAUUUACACUCACUGCAUCUUUAAUGAUGAGAGCAAUAAAAGCUUUCCUCCAGCCGUGGUUGUGAGGUCUCUGUUUAUUCUCCAGAAUUUCCACAGCCUGUAUACAAGAUGCCUAGAAAACCUGAUUCUAUUCUCUGUUCAUAUAAAUUUCUCAGAAAUCAAGAUCCUUAAAAACAUUAGCUUUCUGCUUUUCAGUUAAACAGGAAACACUUUACAGGAACAAUAAAAGCUAGUCUGUACAUUUUUUCUGUUGCAAACAGAAAGCUAGGCUUUGUAAAACGGAGCUAAGCCAAGCCAGGGGGAAAUGUUACAUACAAAAGGGACUGCCUACCUCCUAGGCUCAUGCCAUCUCCAUCACAAGGGAACAAAAGUAUGUCAGGCUCAGUUCUAGCACCACAGCUAUUUUGUUAAUGGCAUAUCUUACAAGUUAUUUACAAUCGCAUAUUGAAGCCAAAACACUAAUUACUGCCUUAAAUGUCAUGUUACUCUUCAAUGCAAAGAAAGAAUGUGAUUUCUAAUCUUCAGUCAAACUCUGUUUGAGAAAUUGCUGGAUUCCAUGCUAUUAUUUAUUAAGGUUUGGUUCUGGUCAGAGCAAAAAGAACAUCUACAAAGGCAUUUUGGGGGUGUGGUUACUACAGAUUUCAGUAGCACGAUGGAUAUUACCUGAUAUUACAUGGAUCUCCCCUACCUUUAUUUCUGCUAGAGAAAUGUCUGAUUGAAUAAAUGGACCAAGAUCUCUCUCACUGAAAUUAUCCCCAAAUCCACUUUUUGUGUCUCCUAAACAAACUGAAAGAUGUCAUCCAUGCAGUAUAGGAAAA